UCUCGCUCGCCGUCUGUCUACGCAAUAAGCUCCAAGCCCGUGUAAGCGAAAACAUACGAUGGAAGUGAUAUAGAUCAGAAACCCGGGAGAGAGAGAGAGAGUGAGAGACACACACUCCCCACUUCGUAAAAAAGAAAGGUGCAUAAAACUACGGCAGAGCAGAAUGGAUGAAUUCCACGACCAACGAGUGCCUUACUUUAAUUCAAACAAAACACAAAGGAAGAAGAAGACAUCAUGCACUGAGCGUCCAGCAGCAAAUGACAGAAUGAGAAUAUUUGUGGAGUCAGACCUGUCCGUCGACAGUGAAGAGCUCUUCCAGGACCUGAGGCGCCUGCAGGAGACCUGGCUGGCAGAAGCUCAGGUUCCAGACAAUGAUGAGCAGUUUGUCCCUGACUUCCAGACAGAAAACUUGGCCCUCCAUGCUCUACAUCUGAAGAUCAAGAGGGAGCCCCACAGUCCCUGCUCCGAGCUGGGCUCCAACUGCAGCCAGGACCGGCCCUUCAAGAUCCACUAUGGAGAGAAGUGCCUGUACAACAUCAGUGCCUAUGAGCAGAAGCACCCUUCCGGAAUGAAGCCCUCCAGCCCCGUCACUCCCCCCUGCAGCACCCCGGUGUCUCCCCUACACCAGGGCUCCCCCACCUCCGCACCCACCCCCAAGCCAGACCGGACCUACCUCGCCCCCCACGCUCAGCCCCCUCAGCCACUGACCGACAAUGGAUACCCCAUGGACCACAGGUUUCGCCGGCAGCUCUCGGAGCCGUGCCACUCCUUCCCGUCCCCGCCCGCCCCGGUAGUGCGGGACAGCCGACCCGUGUACCACCGGCAGAUGUCGGAGCCCAACAUCCCCUUCCCCCCCCAGGGCUUCAAGCAGGAGUUCCCCGACCCGCUGUUCGAGCACCCGGCCAUGGUGGGGGGUCCGGUGGUCCCGCACGCCUACCCGGCCUCCAUGAUCAUCAAGCAGGAGCCCCGCGACUUCACCUACGACUCAGCAGAAGUGCCUAGCUGCCACUCGGUCUACCUACCGGACGGGUACCUGGCCCACGCCAACCGCACUGAAGGUUGUAUGUUUGAAAAGGUGGCGAGGCAUUUCUAUGACGACACCUGUGUGGUUCCCGAUAAGGUUGAAGGCGACAUCAAGCAGGAGUCGGGCCUGUACCGGGACGGCCCGUCGUACCAGCGCCGCGGCUCCCUGCAGCUCUGGCAGUUUCUGGUGGCCCUGCUGGACGACCCGUCCAACUCCCACUUCAUCGCCUGGACGGGCCGCGGCAUGGAGUUCAAACUCAUUGAGCCAGAGGAGGUGGCACGUCGAUGGGGAAUGCAAAAGAAUCGACCAGCGAUGAACUACGACAAGCUGAGCCGAUCUCUGCGCUACUACUACGAGAAAGGAAUCAUGCAGAAGGUGGCGGGGGAGAGAUACGUGUACAAGUUUGUGUGUGACCCCGAGGCGCUGUUCUCCAUGGCGUUCCCGGACAACCAGCGGCCCGUGCUGAAGACGGACCUGGAGCGCCACGUCAACGAGGAGGACACCGUGCCCCUGUCGCACUUUGACGACAACACGCCCACCUACGCCCAGGAGGCCCCGCCCUACUGCCCCCCACACCCCUAUGGCGCCGAGGGCUACGUCUAUUGA